UUGAAGAAGAACCAGAGUUGGUUUCGGACAUGAUCAAAGCUAAAAAGGAAAAUGACUUACUGGAUUCCAAUGAGCAGCUUAAACGAGCAAUGCGUAAGAAGGAAGCCUUCGUGGAUUUUACUGAGCAGCCGAUUACAUUCUCACCAACUUAUCGAUUUUAUGUCGGCAGCACUGAUUACGAUUUGAAACGCACUCCAUCUUGGUGCGAUCGCGUCUUAUACAAGGGCAAUUCGAUUACGCCAGUGAGCUACACUUCUAACAACCAAGUACUAGUCAGCGAUCAUCUGCCUGUUCAAGCAAUUUUCACUAUGAGGUUGCGCCCUAUGCAGACGAUAAGUUGGGAUGUUCUGUUUGAGCAGCUACCAACGUGGUACACUACAGUACCUCUCAUCGGUCGAUUCCAACAUAUGAACGGCUAUUGGUCACGGCGAGGAAGUUACCUAGAUUGGGUUGGCGUUUACCCGAUUAUUGAUCGAUAUCAGGCAUCGAUUGAUGAUUGCACAACACCACUAAGAUGGGUUUGGAUUGCAACAUGCUACGAUCAAACAGUGCAAAGCCAACAAUAU